AUGAAUCCCACCGCCCGACCGUUCGUGCCUGUAGAAAAGUGGCAUUACAAUCACUAUCCUGUUACACCAUCACCGGAUGAGGAAGACGAAUGGGAGGAGAACCCAGAAGAUUUUUGUUGGAGAAGGCUGACACCACGUACUGCAGAGCAUGUUCUGCGUCCUUCAGCCUCUGCCGGAGUGAUAGGCUCGCAGCUGAUGGGUAAUCGCAUGCGUCCCUCUGCAGGCACAGCCAACGGUAACAACAAGAAACCUUCACCCUCUCCUUCGUUUAAACGAAAGACUGUCGAGCGCAUGAUCAAGGAGCACGGUAGUCCCCCUGGUAUGCGAGUCACGGCUGGUGGCCGGGUUGUGCCUAUUGACCUGCCGCCGCUAAGCAGUCCUCGAUUUCCCUUCAACAACGCAAAGUCUCAAGCGACUAGCCGCGCAACUUCGGCUCCACAGCUCUUUGCCAAUCACAACAACAGCAUCAACGGCUCUGUCUUUCCCUUCGCGGGUCAUUCGCCCUUGUACGUUGUCAACAACCACAUUUGCCAGCUCGUCAACGGACAACUUGUUCCCCUAGCACUACCUGUCUACGAGAACAACGGAGUGCUGCCCUCACCUCAGUUCCCAACGAUGACUGCCAUGGCGAUGGGUGAUCAGUAUAUGCCACAGCUCACUAAUGGCUUUCUUGCACCUGUUCCUCCUGUCAAUCUGUCUCCACUUGCUCAGGCGAUUCCUAUGCAUUCUGGAAUUCCGCCAAUGCCAUCUGCCGUACCAAGUCAACAGGUGGCCUCUGAUCCAGGCAUUAACCUCGCUACGAAGAUCAAGAUACUUGAAGAUGAGUACAGUAAGCUGGAGAGUCAGCUGAAGGAGCUUGAGCGCCUUGAAGUUGUGCAGUCUGAUCCAAGGGGACCGCAAUGGCGACAAGAAGUCGUGAAGACGAAGCGGACCUUCAUUACUGUCCUUGACAUUAUUCGCAAGCUGCUCAAGGCUCUGCGCGCUGGUAGCUCUGACGGCGGAAAUGCCAUCGACGCGAACCCUCAACCGCUCCCCAGCUCCCUAUCAACCGGUCACUCCCAGCCACCGAAUGCGCACUUACAGCUUUCCACCUUGUCAGGUCUGGGCAACACUGCCCUGGGACCAUCGCCUGUCUCGCAGCCCACCCAAAUGGAUAUGUCUGCCUACUACCAAUCGUUUGGUUACCAUCCUCAGCUUGAGCUCCAGGCGCCUGUCACGAACCAGGCCUCAGUACCAACCACUCUGGGCGCUCCGCUGUCCACAGCCAACGGGAGUGGAACCUUUGCUGUAGCAAAUCCUCCUUCCCAAUCUACUUCAUCGAACGGCAUCUUAACACACAACAGCGGUCAGCCACCUUCUCCGUGGCGGUCAAAUGGCCCACGUCGGUCACAUGCAGUUGAGAUCAAAGAUCCUCGUGACGGUUCCAAGAAGUCAACUGGACAGCAGUCUAAGUCUGCACUCAAUCCUACGAGUCCGACGUACGAACCCAAUUCUCGAGUCAAGACACCAGAGCCGCGAUCACCUGGCAUCUUCGUGCCUCCCUCUCCCUCACCAAUACCGUCCCCAAGUCGUCAUGAAGCCAUCGAGGCUCAACAUCCCUGGUUGUUCGACCAGUCUGAUCACCAUGGCAACGUGGAAGGACACAAGAGCGCCUCUGGAAAGACUGUUAAGCACAAGUCUAGUGCCGCCAGCGUCCAGACGGCCGAUUUCUUCCCGGUCAAUACUCACGAACACUCGAACAAGACUCCUAGUGGCGCUGCGAGCAAGUCAGGAAGUCCUCUGAAACUCGGAAAUAUUGAGGGGGCGCCAGCUACACCGGAGAAGAAGUUCUUGAUGGACUUUGCCGAAAGCCAGUUUCGAAGUCCGAAUGACGAGAAUUCUCAUCCUGCGGCUCCUCCUGUUUCUCCAGCGGACGCCCGGGGAUCGUCUCACAAUGGUGAUCUAAGUAAAAGCUACGAUAGAUACUCCAUGUCCAGUGCCGACACAUUGAAGCAGACACUGACAACCACCGAACAUGCACAUACAUUUGUGACUUCAAGCUUAGAUGCUAAAACCUUCGGAAGCAUAAGAUCUGGUCAGGACUUGUCUACAUUGCCAGUGCACAAGCCACAGCCCACAAAGCUCAACUCGGACUCUUGGCUAAGGGGCUACGGUGCGGGUAUGAAUCGAAGCUGUCUUCCAGACGGUGCAGACGAGGACUUUGUCGCCGGGUAUUGUCGGGGCCUACAAGACUGGCAGAAGUCUCAGAGAAGCCAACCUGGAAAUCCAGGAAAGUUUACGGAAGUGUUCCAUACGAGCUCCACUACUCUUUCUUCAAGAUCACCUGCUAAUGUCGUGGCUCUUGAAUUGACUGCGAAUGGCAUCGCCGUUCCUACUAGAAGACCGCAUGCCCCUGACCAUCCUCACUGUCCUCCUGGUCUUGGGGCAAGACCUUCUGUGGACGUUGGCUUUGUCACUCGUCCCGGCUCUAACAUCUGGAGCCCUACUAAGACCGAUGGGUUUCCGAAGGACUUUCAAGCCCGGCGACAAGUUCCAGCUCCAAUAGGCACUUCUGCUACUCAAGGCGCGGAGCAUAUAAUCUUCGAUCAGCGUGCGGCAUCAAGUUCUCCAAUGAUGAGUCUCUCGCGCAGUGUUCAGCCGAGCUACACCAUUGACUCACAGAGCUCGAGAGCCUUUCCAGCGAGUUUUCCUUCGCAGGUUGCUCCACCUGUGUCCAGCCAACGCUACUACCCUCCUAUGAGGGCGCCAGGCCAGCACGUGCCGCAUCAUAGUCCUCGAAAGGGUGAUCCCAGUCGUAUUUCUCAAUGUGAUGGUGCACUCGAUGACAUGGUCGAUGUUGUCACGGACUCUGGACCCAGUUCCCCCCCAGCUUCCAAGACUACCGGGACCAGAUCCAACGGCAAUUCACCAAAGAAGGGCGAGUCUCCUGCGAAAGCCAAGCUCGAGCAGAUUGCGAACAGUGUAGCAAAGCAGGUCCGAGGGAACCGAAGCAAGAAAACUGCCGAAGAUGAGCAAAAGCCUGGAGAUGACCCUGCGCACAUGAGCACUCAAGAUAAAAGGCGCUGGAGAGAAAAUUGGCGCAAGCGGUUCGGCGACCUCAAGAACAGAGAGAAAGAAGAGAUAGAUCGCUAUCAACAGGAGAAUGCUACUGAUUGA